AUGGCAUCUGUAAUUCGCUCUCAUAACUCCAUCAUCUCCUCAACACUUUCCCCUUCCUGGGUACAAGUCUUUGAAAAAUCACUUUCAACUUGUGAUAUUGAUUGCCCUAGGCAAUAUGCAUAUGCUUCAGUAGGGACAUCUUGCGGCAAAUCGGCCUUUUUUUAUGCAUUCAACGUGCCUGCUGAAACCCUUCCCAUCCUCCUGAUCCAAAAAUGGCAACUUGGGUCUGCCACUCCCUCCCAAUCCAUCUCCUUUCUCCUCUCUCUGCUCCCCUUCCUCCUCUCCUCCCCUUCCUCCACAGCCAGCCCCCACGCCCUCAUCGCCCCCCUCUCCAAAGACCCCAACACCCUUCAAUACCUCACCCGCAUCAACCAGCGCACUCCUUCCCUUCCCCUCAACCUCGCCGUCGACCUCGGCGGCCGUCAUCUCUGGAUCAACUGCGACGCCAUCUACUUCUCAUCCACUUACCGCCCAGUCCCCUGCCACUCCGCCCUCUGCUCCCUCGCCGUCUCAGACAGCUGCGGCGACUGCUUCUCCUCCCCACGUCCCGGCUGCCACAACAACACCUGCCGCGUUUACCCCGAAAACCCCUUCACCCACUACAACGGCGUCGGCGAUCUGGGCCUUGACGCUCUCUCCUUCCCUUCCACCGACGGCUUCACUCCCUCCUCCCCUGUCACCGACCCAUCCUUCCUCUUCUCCUGCGCACCCGCUUUACUCACCCGCGGCCUCGCUGCCGGCACAGUCGGCAUCGCCGGCCUCGGCCGUACCCGCAUGGCCUUACCAUCUCAACUCGCCGCCAAAUUCAGUUUCCGCCGCCGCUUCGCACUCUGCCUCCCCUCCAACCCCCGCGUCACCGGAGCCCUUUUCUUCGGCCCCGGCCCCUACAACUUCCUUCCUGGCAUCGACGGCUCUCAAUCCCUCCUCUACACUCCACUCCUCACCAACCCCAUCAGCACUGCCGGAACCUACACCAACGGAGAACCUUCCUACGAGUAUUUCGUCGGCGUCACCGCCAUCAAAGUCGGAGGAACCGCGGUGGCAUUAAACAAGACACUGCUGACCAUCGACAAAAAUACGGGGUACGGAGGAACCAAAAUAAGUACAUCAGUACCGUACACCACGCUGGAGACGAGCAUAUACAAGUCGCUUACGGAUGCGUUUUCGGCCGCCCUGGCGAACGUGACGAGGGUGGCGGCGGUGGCUCCGUUCGAGCUGUGCUAUGAUGGGAAGGAGUUGGGGAGCACGAGGGUGGGGCCGGGGGUGCCGGCAGUGGAACUGGUUCUGCAGAAUGAGAAUGUGUUCUGGAUCAUAUAUGGGGGGAACUCCAUGGUUGAGGUGAAGAGCGGGGUGUUCUGUUUUGGGUUUGUGGACGGAGGGAGGACGGCGAGGACAUCGAUAGUGAUUGGGGGGUAUCAGUUGGAGGAUAAUUUGGUGGAGUUUGAUUUGGCAUAUUCCAGGGUUGGAUUCAGCUCGACGCUGCUGUUCCGGCGAACCACCUGCGGUAAUUUCAACUUUACGUCCAGCCCAUGAUGAUUGAUGACCGUUUGGAUUGGUUUGAUUUUUCAUGUUUUUCUAUGAACGAAUAAGAAUGAGGGGUGAUUGCGACAGACUUCAUUGUUUAUCAAGAUGUUGUUUAUGAAGAUGUUGGUGUCAUCUUAUAUGAAAUGAUACAAUAAAUUAA